AUGGGCUCAAAGAAUGCCAUUCAGAGAACAUGCCAAAGAUAUGUUGGUGAGACUUGCUUGGGUACCUGCGUGCUGCUGAAAGAGAAACCAUCAAUAUCCUGCAAAAAGGUAGUUUUUUCUCCUGUGGUGUUUGUGUGGAGCGUGCCACACACCCACUCCACAACAACGACGGCUUUUGCUUGCAUCUUCCAGUGUUUCUUCUGUCAGCAAGUUCAGCAGAGCUGCAACUCCUCCAGCGCCAGCGCAGACGAGCCCAGCGAAGAGAACCACGACAGUGAGAUGGUGAAGAUGACCAAGUCGAAAACCUUCCAGGCUUACCUGCCCAACUGCCACCGAACAUACAGCUGCAUCCACUGCCGAGCACAUCUGGCCAACCAUGACGAGCUCAUCUCAAAGUCAUUCCAAGGCAGCCAAGGACGAGCCUACCUCUUCAACUCAGUGGUGAAUGUGGGCUGCGGUCCAGCGGAGGAGAGGGUGCUUCUCACAGGUUUACAUGCCGUGGCGGAUAUCUACUGUGAAAACUGUAAAACCACUCUGGGCUGGAAAUACGAACAUGCUUUCGAGAGCAGUCAGAAAUACAAAGAAGGCAAGUUCAUCAUCGAGCUGGCACACAUGAUUAAGGACAAUGGCUGGGAGUGACCCGUCGACCGGCCUUUUCUCUGAUUAGUGACAUUUCGGGCCGCUCUGCAGCGGACUUCACAGAGUGACAACCCACACAUACACACACUCGCCACCUCCACCACGACGACACCCCGACAUAAACACACGAUCCCAGCGGUAACCUGAGACUCGAGUGGAGUUGAAGCGACUGAGAUAAAGCAAGAUUCUAAUUAAUCGUUCAUCAGUUCUCACUGACAGACGUGUGUCGUCUUUGAGAUAUAAAUGUUUAAUUUUGGAGAUUUACUUUACUUUCUUCCUGGUAUCAUUACUGGAUCUGUGCAUCCGUUGUAAUGUUAAUCUCUUUGUCGCAGAUGAGCAGGGAAAGACUAUAUGUGUGUUUGUGUGUGUGUGCUGGUCGCUUUUCAUGCAGGAAUAUUUCUGAUGGAAUGAUGUUACUGGUUAGCAUUUUCUCCCUCUGGUUACAUCAGUAAGCACGCUGAGUUUGCAUCCGGUGGGCGGAUGGGAGGGGCUUGAGCGUCUAGCUAGAUUUUAGUGAGGAGUAAAAGUCACCUGGGUGAGAUUUGUGAAGGGGUGGGCUUAUGUAGCAGUAUCUUGAAUAUCGGAUAGGUUGGAAAUGAGGUGUUUAAGCAUUGCAGUGGCAUUUUGUAUUUAUGAUGCGUAUAUCCCCUUACUUCAUUGUGUUUAGAUUUUUUUGGUCCUUUUUCUUUCCUUCAGUGACUUCACUGUGGUGCAAUUUGUGUGACCUGCGUUGCAGUUUGACCUCACGCAGGACUUCUCUGUCUAGCUGUCAUUGGUGCUUAGGCGAGAUCAUAAACGUGUAGCUUUUAGUGUUGAAUCAGCAUUUGUGGCAGGUUCCAUUUUUGCAUCACUACUAUAAGUACAAAUACAGUUUUAUUAUACUGAACGCACUGGACAGCAGGGGAAAGCUGAACCACACCCACACUUCACCUCCCUCCCUUCCAUCCUGUAUCGUGUCAUUUCUGAUCACAGAUUCUAAUCACGCGAUUGCACGAUUGUGCUCGGACACCCCGGUGUGUUAGCCGAGUGUUGUUGCAUGAUGUUGAACACUUCAUGCUGCGUACUUGAAUGCAGUUGUUCUGUUUGCACUUUGCAGAGGCCUUGCUUGUGUGUUUAGAGGCAAAUCUGUCUGAUUUUAAUGACCUUUUCAUGGGAUGAUUCCAGUUGCUUCGAAUAGAUUUUUAGGGUCGGGUGAUUGCUGGUUUGAUUAUCCCCCUUAAGAUUAAAUAUUCUGCAGCUUUUCUUUUCACCAGUUUAGGUUUUUGCCUAAUUUUUAUAAAAUGCUUGCCAACAAUCACAAACUAGGGGUGUAACGAUAUACAUAUAAGGUAUAAAUAUUUUUGGAAUACAGGGGUUGCAAUACAGUGUGCUGCAAAUGAAAUACAGACUUAUACCUUUACUGCUUUAACACAUUGUAUUUAAUGUGUAAAAAGCUUUUAAACUCUUAAAUUAAAUAAAUCAUCACCUGAGCAAACUAGUUCCAACCAGCCUCCAAUUUAGCUUCUGAUCUGUAGUUGCAGCGCAUUGUGUGUCAGCAUUGAUGAUAAUCUUUGGCACCUGUUUGCAUAACCACAUUUCCAAUCUGAUUCACACAAACAGGGAAACUUUUCUGGUGUUUGGUUUAAAUGCGUAUUAAAAAUCCACUUUACUGUGUUGUUAAAAUGAUUGUGUAUCGUUACCCCGCUGUCACAAACAUUAGAAAUUGGGCCAAGAAAAAUAAAUAAGAUAUCAAUUCACAAAUCAGACCCAAAAUGAAAACGACGUAUUGCAAAAACCAGUGCUGCUAUUUCACAAACGCAAUCGGAGCUUUCACUUUACCUGCACUUUAGUAGAGCCAUGUGAGCGAGCUUGAGUGGUUCUGUCCUUUGCUCAGUCCUCCUCCACGUCUUUGCCUCUAAGCAGCAUAAAUCUUGUGCCUCUUCAAACAUUACAUCAAAAUAAAACUCUCUUUCUCCUGUUGUGCAGUGCAUGACUUACCUGUGGGUGAAAAAGACAGAAUUUUUAUCCAGAAGCAUUCUAGCCAAUAUUUUUAGUAAUCGUAGCUGGUAAAGUUAUUUUGCGAUGAAGCGAUUGUAUUAUAAGCAUUAAAGGGCCGGGGUUCCGAGUCAUAAUUAACAGGAAGGGCGGGCUUUCUUCCAGUAGUGAGCAGGGCAUCAAGUGUAGAUUUUUCUUAGUCGGGUUAAGAGAUUCUUGGAGAUGAUUCUUUCUCAGCAUCCCUCUACAAUAAGGUCAGUCAGGUCACAUGACCUUCUAAUCAGCCGAAGUCAAUGCAAACAGAAUAGAUGUAGAGAAAUCUUACUUGAAAAACAGCUACAGACAAGACAUUGUCCCUGUUUCACAGUUUUGUACAUAGAGUAACAUAUUUAAGGUUUUAUAAAUACAGUAUAUAUGAAUAUAUACAUAUUCUACAUAUUUCUACUGGGUUAGUCCUUUACUUCCCUGACUUGAAGCACUUUUGUUCACUGUACCUCUGGCUUUGCAUAUUUUCGUGUGUAUUUGUGUGAGAAGGAUUGCGUGAAUGCGUGAGUUUUUCUCUAUCAUUGUUAUUCGUAUGUUUUAGCUGUUUGUAAUGAACUACACAUCUUUUCUUAUUUCUUUUUUAUUUACUGUCUUGUAGCUUGAAGUGAAUUUAAUAUUUAUUUGGAAUUAAAUGGCUUGUUUUUUUUCUCCUGAUGGUUCUUUUUAUGAAAGUAGCUCUGCUGGUCCUGGUUUAGCAGCGUGUUUAGUGGUGAGCUGGAUUCACCUGCCGAAACAUAAAAAAAUCUUAACCAAGACCUGAUUUUUCAAAAAACUUUUAAAAAUAUUGAGAGGAAACCAGUGUCAUUAAUAACACGUCAUUGCUUUGUUUCAUGCUUGACUUUUUGCAAAGCUGCAAUCAUGACUGUCUGAUGUGCAGGAAAUUCAACCAAAAAAAGAUUGAAAUUGUGACAUUUUGAGCAGCAAUAUAGUAAAUAAUAAGUAGUUUCUCUCUUCCUUAGGCUGAGAAUUUGUACUAUUUGCUUUGGUGACACUGGUUUCAAUCCUAUCUGGUCAUAGGACGCAGUACAAAACAAAUCUGGGGGAAACAAUCAGACGUGUGAAUUAAUUUCUUAGAAUUUUCAUCUACGGUCUAAAGCAUGUUGUAUUUAUGGCUAUAUUAAGUCGUGCCUAUUUUUUUCUUGAAUCAAAAAAGGUGUAUGCUUUUUUGUUUUCCUUUUUACUUGAUUAUGUUGCUUUGCAUUCUGUCCUAGUAAAGAAAUGUCACGUGUCUGUUUUUUCACUGUAUUGGAAACUAUCGGCUAUCACAAUAAAGCUUAAAUGGA